UCCAGAUGCACACACAUGUUUACUUUCUUUCCAAAACUCCUAUAACCACUGUCGUUGGCACAGCCACACCUGAGAGCUGUCAUACACACGACAAGGCGGUACCAACAGUGCGAGAGACUUAGCGCCUCAGAGGAGCCAGCGAGCCGUGCCCUACGCACAAUGUACGGAAGCCAAUUGGGCAGUCACUCUUCCCACGUGACCCAAGAGCCACUUUCCCUACCAGUUAAGCCCCCCGCACUUGCGCUGGAUUUUGCGAGGGGGCGGAGUCAGCAGCAGCGCUUUCUGUGACAGGGAACUGGGCUUUGGGGGCGGGACACAGGCUGUGCGCCCAGGCACAUGUGCAGAAGGGAGGGAGGUUAGAGCCGGCAGCGCUACUUUAGUACCUCAGGCUGAUGCCAAGAGAGAUGCGGUACCUCUUGCUAUACACUGGCACCGGGACGCUGGCACCAUAGCUGUUGCAGGCUGACCUGGCAGCCCCUGCAGGAGCAAAGGGCUCCCAAUGCCCUACUCUACUGAGUGCAACGGAGUGGAAGCACCCACUGCGCCCUAUGUGUGACUGCACUGUGUGAUGUGUGUGAUUGCGCACGGAGGGAUAGAGCCAAUUUGAGCGCAGUGUGCAGAAGAAGAGAGGAACCGCUCAGGUUAAUGCUUUCAGCUCGCCCGUAUCGCACAGACAGUCGCAAGCUGUAAGUGUCGGGCAGUGCAUGGGGACAAGCGGUACGGGCUUAAUGUUUGCCACCAGUCGGAUUAGAAGCGCAGAAUCCCCUUGUAUGUAACUUUGUUCGGUGGAGGCGCUGCCUGCACUCCCGCUCCUAUCAGUACCAGUGCAAGUGCCCCUGCUUGCCCCUGGCUGUGCUGUUUUGCCCCGUGUCCUUCCCGGGGGAGCAUUGCCAGCAUGCCCUGAGGAGCGCCAUGCAGAAGACUGUGCGCCUUAACGAGGGCCACACUCUGCACCUGGCCCUGCUGGCCCGCAAGGAGGGGAGCAAGAGGGGCGCCCUCAGCAAGAAAGCCACGGAGACCAACAGGUGGCACGAAAAGUGGUUUGCCCUCUACCAGAAUGUCCUCUUCUACUUCGAGUCGGAGCAGAGCGGGAGACCCUCGGGGGUUUAUUUGCUGGAGGGGUGCAGUUGUGAGAGGGUCAUAGCACCCAUUGUGGCCAGCGGGGGCAAAGACACCAUGGAGAAGCAGCAUUACUUCACUGUUACCUUUGGUCAUGAAGCACAGAAGCCUUUGGAGCUACGCUGUGAAGAGGAACCUGACCGAGAUGAAUGGGUGGAAGCCAUACACCAAGCGAGUUACUCUGAUGUCCUGAUAGAGAGAGAAGUCCUGAUGCAGAAGUAUAUUCAUUUGGUGCAAAUUGUAGAAACCGAGAAAAUUGCUGCCAAUCAACUGCGACAACAGCUUGAAGAUCAAGAUACUGAAAUAGAAAGGCUUAAAUCCGAGAUUGUAGCCCUUAAUAAAACAAAGGAAAGAAUGCGUCCCUAUCAAAUGAAUCAAGAGGACGAGGAUCCAGACAUUAAGAAGAUAAAAAAGGUUCAAAGUUUUAUGCGUGGAUGGCUUUGCAGGAGAAAAUGGAAAACAAUUGUGCAGGACUAUAUCUGUUCCCCCCAUGCUGAAAGCAUGAGGAAACGUAACCAAAUUGUUUUUAAUAUGGUGGAAGCAGAGGCAGAAUAUGUGCAUCAGCUUUAUAUACUUGUCAACUGCUUCCUUAGGCCCCUCAGAAUGGCAGCCAGCUCCAAGAAACCCCCAAUAAGCCAUGAUGAUGUAAGCAGCAUCUUCCUAAACAGUGAAACUAUAAUGUUUCUUCAUGAAAUAUUCCACCAGGGAUUGAAAGCAAGAAUUAAUAAUUGGCCUACUUUGAUUUUAGCUGACUUAUUCGAUAUCCUGCUACCAAUGUUGAACAUCUACCAAGAGUUUGUUCGUAAUCAUCAAUAUAGUCUGCAAGUGCUGGCGAACUGUAAACAAAACAGAGAUUUUGACAAACUCUUGAAGCAAUAUGAAACCAAUCCAGCUUGUGAAGGGAGGAUGCUCGAGACAUUCCUUACCUAUCCCAUGUUUCAGAUCCCUCGGUACAUCAUAACACUCCAUGAACUUCUUGCCCACACACCCCAUGAGCAUGUAGAGAGAAAAAGCUUAGACUUUGCACAAUCAAAACUGGAAGAGCUGUCAAGGGUUAUGCACGAUGAAGUCAGUGACACAGAGAACAUUCGCAAGAACCUCUCCAUUGAGAGAAUGAUAGUGGAAGGCUGUGAUAUUUUAUUAGAUACAAGCCAGACAUUUGUACGCCAAGGUACUCUUAUUCAGGUUCCUUCUGUGGAAAGGGGGAAACUUAGUAAAGUCCGCCUGGGCCCAUUGUCACUGAAAAGAGAAGGGGAACGACAAUGCUUCUUAUUUACAAAGCAUUUUUUAAUUUGCACUAGAAGCUCAGGGGGGAAACUCCAUUUACUCAAGACAGGGGGAGUUCUGUCCUUGAUAGAAUGUACAUUGAUUGAAGAGCCAGAUCUGGGUGAAGAUGACACAAAGGGUACAGGGUAUGUUUUUGGACAUUUGGAUUUCAAGAUUGUCAUAGAACCAGUGGAUUCCCCUUCAUUUACUGUGGUCCUUCUUGCACCAUCACGUCAGGAAAAAGCUGCUUGGACAAGUGAUAUCAGCCAGUGUGUAGAGAACAUAAGGUGCAAUGGCUUGAUGAGUAAUGUAUUUGAGGAGAACUCCAAAGUUACAGUCCCACACAUGAUCAGAUCAGAUGCACGAUUACAUAAAGAUGAUGUGGAUAUCUGCUUUAGCAGAACACUGAACUCGUGCAAAGUCCCUCAGAUACGAUAUGCAAGUGUGGAUCGCCUGUUGGAGAGGUUAACUGACUUGCGCUUCCUUAGCAUUGAUUUUCUCAACACAUUCCUACACACCUAUCGGAUAUUUACUGCUGCAUUUGUGGUGCUUGAGAAGCUUGCUGAUAUUUACAAAAGACCCUUCACAUCAAUCCCUGUCAGAUCCCUGGAACUGUUUUUUGCUACAAGCCAAAACCUCAGUGAUGGGAAAUCACCACAUCUCUGUCGCAAGUUCUCCUCACCACCACCCUUGUCUCUUUCAAGAACCUCUUCUCCAAUCAGGGCCAGGAAACUAUCACUUAAUUCUCCACUGAACUCAAGAAUUGGAGCUUUGGAUUUAUCCACUUCAUCUAGUGCAAGCAGCCCUACCUCUGUUUUCAGCCCUGCCACUUCUCCACCUCCCACAACUGCUAAAGUACCUCUUGAUCUCAGUAAAGGACUCUCCUCUCCAGAGCAAAGUCCCGGAUCCAUUGAUGAGAAUUCUGAAAACCCUCGUAUUGAUUUGUGCAACAAAUUGAGAAGAAGUAUUCGAAGAGCUGCGGUUUUAGAAUCUGUUUCACUGGAUAGGACCAUUCCUGAGAGCAGCCAGUCUACAGAUACAGCUGAAAAUUCACCAUGUAGGUCCCCCUCAACUCCGCGCCAUCUCCGGUACCGCCCAACAGGAGUGCAGGCAUCUGACAACCAGCGUGGAUGUUCUGUCUCCCCAGCCUCUGCCUUUGCCAUUGCUACAGCUGGAGCUGGUCAUGGAAGUCCCCCAGGCUUUAAUAACAUGGAGAGAAUAUGCGACAAGGAGUUUAUAAUCCGCAGAGCUGCAACAAACCGAGUAUUGAAUGUUCUUCGUCACUGGGUCUCUAAGCAUGCACAGGAUUUUGAGUUAAACCAUGAAAUAAAAAUGAAUGUUGUCAAUUUGCUGGAAGACGUUCUUCGUGACCCUGACCUGCUACCCCAAGAGAGAAAAGCAGCUACUAACAUAUUAAGUGCCCUAUCUCAGGAGGAACAAGAUGACUGCCACCUAGUCUUGGAGGACAUUAUAAACAUGUCAGAGAGUCCCAGCUCAGAGUGCCUGGAAACCCUAUCUGCUAUGGAACUGGCAGAGCAGAUAACCCUCUUAGAUCACAUAGUGUUUAGAAGCAUACCAUACCAAGAGUUUCUUGGUCAAGGUUGGAUGAAACCAGACAAAUCUGAGAGGACGCCAUAUAUAAUGAAAACUAGUCAACAUUUUAAUGAUAUGAGUAACCUUGUUGCCUCGGAGAUCAUGAAACACCCUGAUGUCCCAUCCAGAGCAAGCUCAAUUGAGAAGUGGGUAGUGGUAGCGGAUAUAUGCCGAUGUAUGCACAAUUACAAUGGAGUGCUGGAGAUCACAUCCGCCUUGAACAGAAGUGCUGUCUACAGACUCAAGAAAACUUGGGCUAAAGUUUCUAAACAGACAAAGGCUCUAAUGGAUAAGCUUCAAAAGACUGUAUCAUCUGAAGGAAGAUUUAAAAAUCUUAGAGAAACCCUCAAAAACUGUAACCCCCCUUCAGUGCCCUACCUUGGAAUGUAUUUGACCGACCUUGCAUUUAUAGAAGAGGGUACCCCAAACUUCACUGAGGAGGGGCUUGUAAAUUUUUCUAAAAUGCGAAUGAUAUCGCAUAUAAUUAGAGAAAUACGGCAAUUCCAGCAGACCCCUUACCGCAUAGAGCAUCAGCCUAAGGUUACUCAGUUUCUUCUGAACAAGUCUCGCAUUCUGGAUGAAGAUAAUCUAUAUGAAUUGUCAUUGCGAAUUGAACCGCGUCUCCCAGCAUGAAGAGUAUUAAGGUCCCUGUCUGUUUGCACAGCGUGCCUCGCAGAGCACGAGAACAAGAGGAGGUAGAGCGCGACCUUCAGUGCCGCUGGGCACCUUAUUUCAUUUUGAAUCAUGGCAGGAAGAUCAGAACUCUAGAAAGUGAGCAUAAAGGCUUCGGACCUUGAUUUGCUGACCAUAGGGAACAACUGGCAGAAUGGCAUGGUAGCAACACCGUGACAGGUUUACUAAAUAGAAGUAACAUGUGACUUUGAUGUGUAUAUGGGUCUAACCAAGGAUGGUUUCUACAGCAGGUUCUGCAAGGGAAUGCAGAUAAAGCAACACUGGCUGAGCACUAUGGAUAUCCCUUGUACGACUACCAGAAUAUGUUUGGGGCCAGAGCCUUGCUGGUUGUGAUGUGCUUUUGAAUUUCACAAAGCUUUCCUUGUUAUAGGGAAAAGCUGGCACCGCCAUCAUGAAACUACAAGGAAAGUCCAGAAGAAAUGGAGAAAUGUUUCCAUAUUGCACCAUUUACUUAAUGAACAUUUAAACCGAAAUGUAAAUUGAAUCUUGUGCUUGGCUAUUCAUGCAAUUCAGUGUCCCAGAGCGCAGUGACGCGCAGGAGCUGGCGAGGAACUAAAUCAAUUGAUUUUGUCAUAUUUAUAUGUCCCUUUUUUCAAAUGUCUCGUUGAUAUUUUUAUUGUAAUUUCUUCAUCAGGAUCAUGCUUAUCUCACAAUACAUUGAUAUUUCUCUGUUCUACACA